AUGAUUGUAACUAUUUACAGUCUAUUGGAUAGUAGACAGUAUUUAUAUUAUAAUAAUGUUAAAAAUAACAGUUUCUAUCUAUCUAUCUAUCUAUCUAUCUAUCUAUCUAUCUAUCUAUCUAUCUAUCUAUCAGUAUGUUUCUUAUCUAUCUAUCUAUCUACUGAGGUACAUGAUGUAUCGCAAUUUGUUCUAUCUAUCUAUCUAUCUAUCUAUCUAUCUAUCUAUCUAUCAGUAUGUUUCUUAUCUAUCUAUCUAUCUAUCUAUCUAUCUAUCAGUAUGUUUCUUAUCUCAUCUAUCUAUCUAUCUAUCUAUCUAUCUAUCUAUCUAUCUCAGUAUGUUUCUUAUCUAUCUAUCUAUCUAUCUAUCUAUCCUAGUUUGUUCAUAUCUAUCCUAUCUAUCUAUCUAUCUAUCUAUCUAUCUAUCUAUCUAUCCCAGUUUGUUCAUAUCUAUCUAUCUAUCUAUCUAUCUAUCUAUCUAUCUAUCUAUCUAUCUAUCUAUCCUAGUUUGAGGUAUCAUGAUGUAUCUAUCUAUCUAUGUUCAUAUCUAUCUAUCUAUCUAUCAUAUCUAUCUAUCUAUCUAUCUAUCUAUCUAUCUAUCUAUCUAUCUAUCUAUCUAUCUAUGACUUGUUUAUGCGUGGACGGCAUGGCCUCCUUCAAUGUGAAAAUGACGGACAACUCGAAUGUUCUGCUCUCCAUUUCCGCUUGUAAUUUCAGUCGUCCGUUAACCAUUUCGUGUUCCGCUUAA